UGCUCAGUCCGCCGGGCCGCCUCAGCUCUCGGAGUAGGAAGCCUGGGCGCUUCGGCCGCGCGGAGCCGCCGAGGGGGGAAAAUGGAGCCCUUCACCAAUGAUCGGCUUCAGCUCCCCAGGAAUAUGAUUGAAAACAGCAUGUUUGAGGAAGAACCAGAUGUGGUGGAUUUAGCCAAAGAACCUUGUUUACAUCCUCUAGAGCCUGAUGAGGUGGAAUAUGAGCCCCGGGGUUCACGACUGCUGGUGCGUGGUCUUGGUGAACAUGAGAUGGAUGAGGAUGAAGAGGAUUAUGAGUCAUCUGCAAAGCUGCUGGGCAUGUCCUUCAUGAACAGAAGCUCAGGCCUGCGGAACAGUGCAACUGGCUAUAGGCAGAGCCCAGAUGGGGCUUGUUCAGUACCCUCUGUAAGGACCAUGGUGGUCUGUGCUUUUGUCAUUCUAGUUGCCAUUUCUGUAAUUAUGGUGAUUUAUCUACUGCCCCGAUGUACCUUUACCAAAGAAGGCUGCCAUAAAAAAAAUCAGUCAAUGGAACUAAUUCAGCCAAUUGCAACAAAUGGAAAGUUGUUUCCAUGGGCGCAGAUCAGACUUCCCACUGCCAUUAUGCCACUACGCUAUGAACUUAACCUGCACCCAAACCUAACCUCGAUGACAUUCAGUGGUUCUGUGAUAAUUUCAGUUCAGGCUCUUCAGGCCACGUGGAAUAUCAUUCUUCACAGCACUGGCCAUAAUAUUUCAAGAGUGACCUUUACAUCAGUUUCAAGUCAAGAAAAACAAGUUGAAGUCCUAGAAUAUCCAUUUCAUGAACAAAUCGCCAUUGUUGCCCCUGAAGCCCUUCUUGAAGGGCACAAUUAUACCUUGAAGAUAGAGUAUUCAGCAAAUAUAUCUAGUUCUUACUAUGGGUUUUAUGGCAUCUCCUACACAGAUGAAAGUAAGGAGAAAAAGUACUUUGCAGCAACUCAGUUUGAACCCCUGGCAGCAAGAUCUGCUUUUCCUUGUUUUGAUGAACCAGCAUUUAAAGCCACAUUUAUUGUCAAGAUCACAAGGGACAAACAAUACACUGCUUUAUCAAAUAUGCCUAAGGUUUCUAUAUACACUGUACCAGAAAAGAUUGGUCAAGUUCACCAUGCCUUGGAAACAGCUGUGAAACUUCUUGAGUUUUAUCAAAACUACUUUGAAAUUCCGUACCCACUUAAGAAACUGGAUUUGGUGGCUAUUCCUGACUUUGAAGCAGGAGCGAUGGAAAAUUGGGGUUUGUUAACUUUCCGAGAGGAGACACUUCUGUAUGACAACAGCACUUCUUCAGUAGCUGAUAGAAAAUUGAUUACUAAAGUCAUUGCUCAUGAGCUGGCACAUCAGUGGUUUGGGAAUCUGGUAACAAUGCAGUGGUGGAAUGAUCUAUGGCUAAAUGAAGGUUUUGCCACUUUUAUGGAGUAUUUCUCUUUGGAAAAAAUAUUUGCUGAUCUUUCCAGUUAUGAAGAUUUCUUAGAUGCUCGAUUUAAAACCAUGAAGAAAGAUUCCUUGAAUUCAUCUCAUCCAAUAUCAUCAUCUGUUCAGUCCUCAGAACAGAUUGAAGAAAUGUUUGAUUCGCUUUCCUAUUUUAAGGGAGCUUCCCUUUUGCUGAUGCUGAAAACUUACCUUAGUGAAGAUAUAUUUCAACAUGCUGUUAUUCUUUACCUACAUAAUCACAGUUAUGCAUCCAUUCAGAGUGAUGAUCUGUGGGAUACUUUUAAUGAGGUCACAAACAAAACACUAGAUGUUAAGAAAAUGAUGAAAACCUGGACUCUGCAAAAAGGAUUUCCUUUAGUGACUGUUCAAAGAAAAGGAAAGGAACUUCUUGUACAACAAGAAAGAUUCUUCUUAAAUAUGAAGUCUGACAUUCAGACUUCAGAUGCAAGCUAUCUGUGGCAGAUUCCACUAUCUUAUGUCGCUGGGGGAAGAAAUUAUUCAAAAUACCAAUCAGUAUCACUUCUGGACAAGAAAUCAGGUGUCAUCAAUCUUACAGAAGAAGUGCAGUGGAUCAAAGUCAAUAUACACAUGAGUGGUUAUUAUAUUGUACACUAUGCAGAUGAUGACUGGGAAGCACUAAUCAAACAGUUGAAUGUAAAUCCUCAUGUCCUGAGUGACAAAGACCGAGCCAACCUCAUCAACAACAUCUUUGAACUUGCAGGCCUAGGCAAGGUACCUCUUCGGAGAGCCUUUGAUUUGAUUGAUUAUCUUGGAAAAGAGAACUGUACUGCACCCAUCACUGAAGCCCUGUUCCAAACGGGCCUCAUCUAUAACCUCCUUGAAAAACUGGGACACAUGGAUCUGACUUCAAGAUUGGUGAAUAGAGUAUUUAAAUUGCUUCAAAACCAAAUCCAGCAACAAACUUGGACUGAUGAGGGCACCCCAUCUGUUCGAGAGCUUCGAUCAGCCUUGCUAGAUUUUGCUUGUACUCACAGCAUAGAAAACUGCAGCGCUGCUGCCACAGAUCUGUUUGAUAAAUGGAUGGCAUCCAAUGGAACUCAAAGCCUACCUGCUGAUGUUAUGACUACCGUGUUCAAAGUGGGAGCAAAAACUGAGAGAGGCUGGACUUUCCUCUUAAGCAAGUAUGUCUCUAUAGGCUCAGAAGCAGAGAAGAAUAAAAUUCUUAAAGCUCUUGCCAGCUCAGAGGAUGUACGGAAACUUUACUGGUUAAUGACAAGUAGCCUCAAUGGAGAUACCAUCCGAACACAAAAGUUGUCAUUCAUCAUUAGAACAGUGGGCCGACAUUUUCCUGGACACUUAUUGGCAUGGGAUUUUGUCAAAGAGAACUGGAAUAAGCUUGUUCAGAAGUUCCAUCUGGGGUCUUACACCAUACAAAGUAUUGUUGCUGGAUCAACUCACCUGUUUUCAACAAAGGCACAUUUGUCUGAGGUCCAGACAUUCUUUGAAAAUCAAUCAGAGGCAACCUUUCGACUGCGCUGUGUCCAGGAGGCUUUGGAAGUCAUCCAAUUGAAUAUCCAGUGGAUGGAGAAGAACCUUAAAACUCUGACAAAGUGGCUGUAGCAUGCACAACUGCACCUCAUUUUGUCACCCCUUCAGAGAGCUUGUUAACUUGGGCUGUGCUGCUUUUUGCAAAAAAGCCAACGUGAAGCCAGAUUGCUGCCGAGUUGUUUGCACUCUUAGGAGUUCUAGUUAGCUCAGGGCUCGUCUGUAUUUUUCAUCUGUCUUUUCUGAAUUGUCUUUGGGCAGUAUAUAGUUAUUUAUUACAAGAUUAUAUUCACCUGUAUGCCAACCAUCUACAAAAACAUUGAGUACUUUUUCUACUUUGAAGAUACACAAAUGGGGAAAAAACUGUUUUGAAAUUCUGUGCUAUUUCUCAGUAUCUGGAAAGUACUAACACAAUGAGAAGAGGAAAGACCUAUCCAGGGAGCCACUAUCUUUGCAGGUUGUGAGCUAUCUGUUGCUUCUUGUUGCUUCUUGUUGGUAGUUACUGGUUGAUUGUGGUAUAAAAUUAGCUUCAAAAAGUACAAUAAUGAAGUUGAUGAAACAUGCAACUGUUGAGAACUGAUCUCAGGUGUGCAGAUCUACUUUGAUUUGGGGUUUUGAUCAGUCCUUUAUUUUCUGGAAAAAUUUUGAAUAAGAUCUAUAACUUUUCUUUUCUGCAUAAUAGCCAGGUGCUAUAAAAUUAUUAAUUUUUGUUGUAUUGAGAAGCUAAAUAACAAAGCCAAAAGAUGAAAAUUUUCAAAUACUUAGCACUUUCUUUUUGAUCUUUUAUAGCAUUAACAUCUGCAAAAGCUCCAAACCAGGUUAACUUUAAUUAAUAUUAUUUUAUUUGUGAAUUCCAAUGUUCUCCAAAUCUGUACACCUUUAUCACUUUCUGCCAUAGAUAAUAAACCUUAUGAUAGUUAUAGGUACCUAUUUCUACACUCAUGGCAAGCAUUUUGUUAAUACUAGUGUCUUUUAUCGUGACUUUAUCACAAUUACAAAGAAUGUAAUUUAUUUAAGUUGCCUCUUGGCAUGAUAGAUCCUAGACACUUUCUCUGAAUAAUAUCCAUGGGUGGAUCUUCAAUUUAUAUGAUAGGCUACAUAUUUUAAAAUAGAGUCUUUGAGAAAUUGACCAUUUUUAUUUGAAGUUCACCAUAAUACCUUAAAGGAAUAAAGGGGAAGGAAAUACGAGUAAGUUGAUUCCAGUUUAGUAUGGUGGGCUUUGAAAUUUUUUUAUCAAAAACAGUCCUUUUCUUUAAUUGAAAAAUCAUAAUUUUCCAUUAUCAUGGCCACACUUUUUCUUUCAACUGAUUAAAAAGAAUGGCUAAGGAAAGAAAGAAAAAUGAGGGAAGAUAUUCAAAACUGUAUGGCAUUUUUACUCCAUUUAAGGGAGAAAUAUUGUACUUGAAUUUAUUGAGCUAUGCAGAAUUAUAAGUAGAUUGUUGUGUUUCUUUGAUUCUUAGGAAAAAAAGUUUUCUUCUUAUUAAUUGUUGAGUACUUUAUAUUUUGUUUGUUAACAUCUAUGUACAUAAAAGUGGUAGCUACCCAUUUGCAAGCACUUAAAACUCUCCACAGAAUCAGACAAUGGGAAAGGUCACCCUUUUUUAUGCAAUAGGUGUAAAGUGAGAAUAUGUGGGUUUGUGUAUAAAAUUUUAUUUUAUGAAAAUAUUUUUAUAAAGCAGAAUUGUAAAGGAUGGCAUGCUAAAAAAUAGCCUCCUUUAAUCCUGAUACAGUUCCCCAGCUUAGUCUUUUCUAAACAUUUAUCUCAGUUUGAGAAUAUGUAAUAUUAUAUCCUGAGAAUCACGGAAUCACCUAAAGAUGUCUUAAUUGAAACUGGGUGAUUGUAGGUCUUUAUUUUUCUUGUGCUUCAGUAAAUGAAAAUUUAGUUGAUAUUGAAAGUUAGUAUGUUUUUAUAUUUUUAGAGUGGGGAAAAAUACUAAACUUUUGACAAAGGGUUUUUUUUGUUGCUGGUUUUUUACCAUGUUAUAUUACUAAAUUCCACUUUGAUACAGAGUUUAAAUUUUGCUACUUCUUAAAAUCAGUUAAGGUUCUUGUUUUACCUGUCCAUAUUUACAUUGCUUCUGUAAUAUAUGUUAGCUUUGCAUAUGGCAAAUCUUGUCUUGAAUUAUAUCAUUGUUUUCCUGUCAGUGUGUGGGGGUGUUUUGGGGGUGUUUUACAAGUAAAACCUUACCAAAACAUGGACUAAAAAAAGUUCACUCAUAACCCAUUGCAAUCUUUGUACUCAAAAGCUGUUCAUUCCAUUGAUACCAGAUCCAUGCUAUUUGUAGUUGUAUUUGUAGACCUCAUUUCAGUUGUUUAUAAUUUUAGUAGGGCCUCACCUCAUAUUUUCCCACAGAAUUCCAUAAUUUUUAAUGUUAUAUUUAUCUAUAUAGAUGACUAAAAAUAUGUCAGAAAUAUAAGGUUAAGCAAUAUGUAGAACAUGUAGUAUAAAUAUAAUUACAGCUUUUGAAGAAUUUUCCCAAAAAAAAUUUAUCCUAACCACUAUAUUUCUGAGAAAUCAAAUAGAUUGAAGCACAGCAGUCACCAUGCUUUUUUUAUAUAAGCACAUAGAACCAGGACACAAUUAAGAACUUGUUUGACAAGUGUUGUAUUCAUUGCAGAGAGAUAAUCUAUUUGAUGUAAUUAAUAUAGAGGACGCAUCACACUAGAAUUUUAAGAAAGAUAAAAUAGAAAUAUGGAAUUAUAGAAGAAUAACUUAUGCUUCGGAGACCUGAAAAGUUAUGAAGUAGAAAUCUAAGGAAUCUGGUUUGUUCUAUUACUGUCAAGUGACAAGAUAUUUUAAAUUGCAAUUGGCGACAUUUCCACACAGCUUGUGCCUUCCUGCUUGUUGUUUUAUGUUUCUUUAAGUGAAACUAUAUCGUUUGCCAUUGUUAGGUUUCAAGAGCUUUCAUUUUACCACAGGUUCUACUUAAUGCUAAUGUUCUAUGCCAUUCAUGUUUUCAUUUUUUCGUUUCGUGCAUGUGUAAUUUAGCUGCUACAGGAACAAAAGAGCUGUCAGAAGAGUGCUGGGUAUGUAGAGAAUACGGGACCCCACCUGUCUUAACUGGUACAGGACAGCCUUUUCUGAAUAUUAGAAAGUGAGAAAUGAAAGUUAAGUGCUGAGUUUGCUGGGUUACUAAUAGCCUGUUACUGAGUUGGGCUUUCAGAAUCUGCUCAGACUGUAGCACUUGGAACCGUAAUCUACAGUCAGAUUGGUGAACACCACGUGAUCUCCAUUUUCAUGGGACUCUGAUAAGGUGUGUGUGUAUCUAAGGAGAUAUGUCAUCCCCAAGGACCCCUAGCUGGGUCUACUUGCAGAAUGAGACCCAAAUUUCUAGAUAUGAGGUAGCUCUUCUCCAGCCUUUGGAAUUAACUCUCAUUAAAGUGCUUGCUUAUCCCCUGUACCUACAACAUGCCUCCAUUCAUUUUUUAAAAACUAAUAUAUAUAUUUUUGCAUUCUUGUAUUUUAUGCUUCAUUGCCAAGUAAAUACCAAAUAAGAAGUGGGGGUGCAAAAAUCUGAAAAGUCUCCUUUCCCUUUCCCUUCUUGCCUGCUUGUGCAAUAGCUACUAGAAUAGUUGACUGGUUUCUUUGGGUGACUUUUGGGGGGUAUAUACUUUUAAAAUACACAGAUGUGUUUUUUAUUCUUUCAUUUUUAUGUAUUUUGUCCUGAUGAAAAAUGAAACAUUAUCCUAUGAAGAUCUUUUUUCCUUCCCAUUUUGCCUGCAGCUAGAGAGUAGUCAUCUGGUCUUCUUUGGAAAAAGAUAGUGGUCUCAGAAAGUAGUGUAAGUUCUCUUAAAAAUGUAUACAGAUGUUUUUUGCUGCUUUUUUGUGGGAAUUGUUUCAUUUUGUACAUCAUUUAACCUCCUUAUGGAUACAUAAAGAUCUUGUAAACCCUGGAAAUCAGAAGAAUGGCGCAAAUGUCCCAUUUACCUCUCUCCUUGUUGCCUGAGUAGUUGUAGUUACUGAUAUUUCACUUUAUAUGUGUCCUUUAGCAUGGAUGCAUAUCUACUUUAUGAAAAUUGCAGUUUAGAAUAUGACAAAUCUCCUCUUUUCCCUUUUCCUGAUUGCACCUCUGGGCAACAGCUAAUAAAGUAAUUACAUUUUGUGGGUUGGGAGAGAGAGAGUGUGUGUGGGUGUGUACACACAUAUAUAAAUAAAGUUAUUAAUUCAUUUCAUACUCUGUCCUUAAAGGAUAUAAAGUACCUAAUGAAACAUGGAGGUCUGGAUGUAUAAUAAUCUCCUCUUCUUCCUUUCCCAUAUUGUCUGUGUGGGCAGUGGCCGGUAGAGUGGCUGUUGGAGGGGUAGGGGAUCUGGGUCGGGCAUAGGAACUUACUGUAUAUACCUGUUUUUAUUACUAUGUUGUGUUCUUUCGUUGGGUGCCCGCACUGGAAGGUACCUCAUAAACAUGGAGUUCCGGAUGUAUAACAAUCUCCUCUUGUCCCCUUCCCUUGUUGCCUGUCUAGGCAAUACUUUUAGAGUAGUUUGCACUUUUUGAAAUUUUUUCUGCUCUGUGUGUGUGUGUGUGUGUGUGUGAGGUGUGUUUCACAGCAAGGAUACUGCUUUAAUACUGCAUGUAAAUGUUUUGCUACGUUUUUGUUACCUCAUUUCUACCUUGUCCUUUACAUGGGUAUUUAGAUAUAGGAAGAAAGCUGAAAUUCAGUCUGUGUGGGUAACAGCUAGCAGAGUCAGUAAUUUCAGAAGAUUUUUGUGGGUGUUGGGGUUAACUUGUUUUAGAUAGACAGACAGAUCUUUUUUGUUUCCCUAUUGUAGUAUUCCCUUGGGUAUCCAGUCCUCUUGGACAUGUAGGUUCCCAGUAAACCGUGGAGUGUGGCGUGUAUCAGUCUCUCCUCCUGCUUUCCCCUUUUUACAUUUGUAAGUAAUAGUUUUAAAGUAGGUUGGGUUCUUUGACCUUUUUGGGGGUGGGCGGGCAAGGACUAAGGGCAGGACAUAUUCUUUUAAAAACUGUACAUAUAAUGUUUGCUACUAUAUAUACUAUGUUACUUCAUUUUGUACCCUGUCCCUUAUUGGACGUAGAGGUACUUAAUGAGACGUGGAGGGUCCGGAUGUAUGAAAAUCUCCUCUUUUCCCCUUUCCUUAUUGCCUCUGUGGGCAAUAGUUUUAGAGUAGUCUAGAUUAUUAUUUUUUGACUCUACUACUUCCUUUGCUGGGAGAGUAGGCAUAUGUACUUUUAAAGUGUAUAUAAAUGUUUUUUGCAAUUUUUUUCUAUUACUUCAUUUUGUAUCUAGUCCUUUCCAUGGAUACUUAGGUACAUGAUGAAAAUUAAGGUUCAUUCUAUGAAAAACUCUCCCCUCUCCCCUUCCCUUAUUGCCUGACUGGGCAAUGGCUGGUAGUGUAGUUGUGUAGUUUUGGGGGGCAGGGUGGUGGGGGAUUUCUGGGUCUGCAGUCUUCUUAAUGUAUAUAAAUGCUUGCUGCUUUUUGUUGUUAUUUUUGUUUGCAUUUGUAGAUCUCAAACGCAAUGCAGAAGCCCAGAUCCAGAAGUGUCGUAAAUCUUUUCUCCCUUCACCUCUACCCUCUGUAUAUGGGCAGUAGUAUGCAGGACUCAGAGCUUGGGUUUCACCGGAGUAAGCUUAUUAGGCAAUACAUGUAAUAUUUUAAAUGUACAUAAAUGUUUUUGCCUCUUUCUGGUGUACAAUUCAUUUUGAAUCUAGUCUUUUGCAUGACUCUAGGUACUUAAUGAAAGUUGAGAUUGAGUCUAUGAAAAAUCUCCCCUACUCCCCUUCCCUUAUUGCCCGGUGGGCAAUGGUAGAAGAAUAGGUAUUUGGUUUCUUUUUUUGGAGGGGGUAUAUGUGUAUAUAAAGAUGAGGUGUAUAAACAUAAACUGUAUUAUGUGUAUUUUUAAUAUAUAUAAAUGUUUGCUACAUUUUGUGUGUUCUUUGAUUUAGUACCCAGUCCUUUGCUGGGACUUGUGGGUACUUAAUGAAACUUGGAGGUCCAGACGUAUGAUAAAUCUCCUGCUUCCCUUCCCUCGUUGCCUGCAUGGGCAACAGUUUUAUAAUUUGGGUUCAUUUUUUCUGGGGAGGGAUUAAAUGAGUGGGUAGUGAUUAGAGGCAAAGGAUAAGAUUUGAAUUUUUUUGAAGUGUAUAUAAAUGUUUUCAUGUUACUGAUUUUGCACCUAGUCCUUUGCUUGGAUGUAUAGUUACUAAAUGAAAAUUGAGGAUCAGUGUAUGACCGAUCUCCUCUCUCCUUCCCCUUAUUGCCUGGGUAGGCAAUUGUGAAUAGAAUAGUGCGUAUUUUUCACUUGUUUGUUUUUGAGGGAUUUCUAUUUUUGGCAGAGGAAUAUUUUUAAAUACAUAUAAAUAUGUUCCCAUUUCUCUUAUUUCAUUUUGUAUUUAGUCCUUUGAAUGGCUUUUUGGGAAUCCAAUGAAAAUUGAGUUUUGUUAAUUGACAGAUCAUUUCUUCCUUCCCCACAUAUUUCCUCUUUAGUGUUAGAAGGUGUAGUUGUGGUGAUUUCGUUUUAUUCUCUAGGAUAGAUGCCUUUAAAGGUGUAAAUAUACACACAGAGAUAUAAUUUGCUUCUCUUUUCCCCAUUAUUUUUCUUUAACACUUAGUCCCUUUGCAGGACUCUGACUAUAUCUGACAAAAAUAAAGACCCAACAAAUCCCUGCCAUCUGACUUGAAGGUAUACUAUAUGGUGGUGAAACUAAUGCAAGAGGCAUGUAACACAAAAGAUGGGAGAAGAUAAUUGGAUGUAGUUGAGCUGUGAAAACUAAUCAGAUGUAGAGUUUCUUGUGUUCAUUCAACCUCAAGGAAAAUGGUGAAAAGGAACCUGUAUUUUGGAGAUUUCAGAAAGGGGAGAGGACAAGACUAAGAGUGUGCUAAGAUUCAUUGUUGAUUCAUCUUUCGUAACCUAUAAGCAAAUAUAAGUACUUCCUAGAAUUCAUUUGAAAACCCUUGAAAGUAGCCUUUUUUUUUUUUUUGAGGCCUGGAAUUCUGAUUCAUCUUCAGAAGUUGGUUGUAGUUCCACCAAUAGAAUAUUCUUGUUUACCAAGUAGAUACUUUUCUGAUUUUUUGGAAUGAACCUUUUGAGUUGUUGCCACAGUUCUCAUGAAUGACAACAUGGGCCCCCCAGAAAAUUAAUCCAAAAAGAAUUUGAACAAGCACUUUCUGUAUUUCAGCACCCACACGUGGUAGCGCAAGUUGGCCCUUUCCAACCUAGAGCUCUUCUGUAGACUGCCUCUCCUCAGUUCUCCACCAGCUGGACCAUUGCUGUUCUGGUUUCCCUUUUGUCUUCUGUGUCUGCACUGUUAGAUGUUAUCUUCAAGUGCUGUCACGAAUCUACGCCAAUAUUGUCUUAUUGGCUGUGUGUUUUGGCAUGCUUUCAUGCAUCUAGCCCUGUGUGUUCGUUUUCAGCAUUCUUAAAUGACACUUCACACUGACUCGUCAUGCACUGCAUGGUAAAUGUUACAACUCCACAUUUGCCUGUAUCAAAGAAAAUACAUGUUAAAGUCCAUCCAUCUCCUUUCUUCCUUCAAGCUUCUUAGCAUUAUUUGUUUUGCCGUUUCUAAUCUAAUGCUGAAGAUUUGCCAUAUUAUUUUUAGAAUCAUUGAGUGAUAGGUCUCUUAGAAAAUUUUCAGAGAUGUUAUUUACCAUAUCAAACUCUCAGGUUCUAGUAUCUAAUAAAAUAAAUUGAAAAAUUAGCCUAUACUUUGCUGUUAUGUAUACCUGCUGCUGUAGAAAAAAAUAGAAGUUUAUUCAUGACAUAUUUAGCUUUGAUCAUAAAUAAAAGAAAAGGGAACACCUUUUUGGAAUUAGUCAUGGUAGUCAUUAGUGAUGUUUCUGAACAGUUCUUAAUUUAAAAUGCUUCAAAGCAAGUAAAGGUCAUGGCUUAGCUGAAGGAAAUGCUCCAAAAAUUGAACUGUACUGCCAUCAGUACAAAUAAUACACUCGUGUGUGUGUGUGUGUGUGUGUGUGUGUGUGUGUAUAAAAUGACAAUUACAGCAUAAUUGGAGCAUUUGCAUUAAUCAAUAAACUCACAUUGAGACAAAACUUAGUCUAGCAGCUGUCUUGAAUAAAGCCAACUGUUCCAUGUUGCUGUGAAAAAUAGACUCUUUCAAAUACUUUGAAAAGUAAUUAUUUGGGAACUUGUAAAGGUAUUACAUUUUAUAUUUAAACACGUAUGGAGAUCUCCAGUUCCUUUAGUCUGAGCUUGUGGGUGGAAUUCCAAAUUUGUUUCAUAAUCUGUCUUUUGUGGAAGAUUUUGAAAAUAAUAUGUGUGUGUGUGUGUAUAUAUAUAUUAUAUAUGCAAAUUGUGUUGUUUGACUUGUAAAGGGAAAAGGCUUAUUUUUCUUUAUACUUCUGACAACUUGUUUUGCAUAUGACCAGCACUGACUGUAAAGCAUGUGUAACUGCAAACACUGUUGCUUUUUUUUGUGAAAUGAAAA